AUGAAAAUCGCAACUCUCUGCUACUUCUCAGUAGUUCUGCGAGGUGCUUUCAUUCUGUUGGAUAUACUUUUGGAGCAAAUGCGUCAUGAAAAGGCAGUGGAUGUUUUCGGUGCCGUCAGUCGUCUUCGAUCACAGCGAAAUUUCAUGGUCCAGACUGAGGACCAGUAUGCAUUUGUCUAUGAAGCACUGGUUGAGGCUGCGGCAAGCGGGAACACGGAACUCAGUGUGCGUCAGCUCUCGGCACAUUGGGCUCGGUUGAUUAAAACGGAUAGCACAGUGAUACGGGAAUUCACCAGUGAAGAAAAUCCAUGUACAACCGGUCUAGAACUGGAGUUCACCCAACUGGUAGCUCAAACACAAAUCUCCCACGUGACUUUGUAUCUAUCCCGAGCUAAUGUUGGUCUCCUAUCGCCAAUUGACCCCUUCUCCGGACACGACGAGGAACGUCUUCAAACAGGAUUGACCACAACCACUGUCUCUGGUCCCGUAUCUCCGCGAUUUGUCUCAUCUGAAUCGGGGACGUUGAAACCGAACGCUGCGCUAGCACGAGUAAGUCAGAUCUACUCGCGCACCAAAACAGAAAUCCAUGGCACGUGUGAUUGA